UUAUUUUCUUCUUCUGAAUAUCUCUCCACAAAUUAAAUGAAGCCACGACCGACAUAAACAAAGUGGAAACAAUUACAGUAAUUCAAACACAUGCAAACAAAAAAACUCGAGUUAAUUAUUACUAACAUGUUUUAGUACUUCUGAGAAAAAAAGAAAAAAACAGGAUCCGCUGUGUCUUUUUUAUAAUGAUGAAGUUCCUCGCUUUCAACGCCAACCAAAAACCUCCAGAAAGCUAAUUAGGGAAACAUUUGAAAAAACUCAGUGAUCUGCUCUUCUCUCUAAUUGCAAUGGAUUCAUUGAGAUUAAUAUCUAAGAGCAUCAAGAUUGAAGGAACCCCAUUUGGUUCCUCUCACCAACGCAAUCAAAUUUUCCUCAAAUCCGUCGCUUUCUUCCUUUUGAUCGGUCUCGCUUACCGUUUUCUCAUCACUAAUUCCACCGUCUCUCCGGUUCCCACCGUUCGAUCCUCGCCGGAAUCUCUCCCGCCGGAUCCUUCAGGUCUCACUGCCAUCACUCAAACUUCAGCCUCUGUCGAUUCCCCAGCAAACAUCACAACCAUUGCUUCACAGAAUGUUUCAACCAAGUGUGAUAUCUUUAUCGGGAAUUGGGUACCAGACCCAUCAGGGCCAAUCUACACCAAUGUCUCUUGCCGUCAUAUCCAAGAUUACCAAAAUUGCUUGAAAAACGGAAGGCCAGAUGUGAAUUACCUUCGAUGGAGAUGGCAACCUCGCGAUUGCGAUCUCCCGAGGUUUAACCCUGAGCAAUUCCUUGACAAUAUGAGGAACAAAUGGUUGGCUUUUAUCGGUGAUUCCAUCUCUCGUAACCAUGUCCAAUCCCUCCUCUGCAUUCUCUCUCAGGUAGAAGAAGUAGAAGAUAUCUUCCAUGACAAGGAAUACAAAUCAAGGAUCUGGAGAUUCCCUUCUUACAACUUCACACUCUCUGUCAUUUGGUCUCCUUUCCUUGUAAAAGCUGAAACCUUUGAGAACGGAGUUCCUUUCUCAGACAUUCGAGUACACCUCGACAAGCUAGACCAGAAAUGGACUGAUCAGUACAUCAAUUUCGACUACGUUGUCAUCUCCGGUGGAAAAUGGUUCCUCAAAACAACAAUCUUCCAUGAAAACAACACCGUAACCGGAUGCCAUUACUGCCAAGGGAAGAACAAUAUGACCGAACUCGGUUAUCUAUACUCGUACCGAAAGGUUCUUCAUUUGGUUUUAGACUUUGUCGCUGAACCGAACCAUAAAGCUCAGGUUCUCUUCAGAACAACAACACCUGAUCAUUUCGAGAAUGGAGAGUGGGACUCUGGUGGUUUCUGUAACCGAACAAUGCCGUUUACGGAAGGCAGCGAAGGAGAGAUGAAGAGCGAGGAUGUAUCGAUGCGUGAUAUCGAGCUUGAAGAGUUCUAUAAGACUACUACUACACAACAAGAAGGUUCCAAUUCAAACAUUGUAUUACUUGACACAACUUCAAUGUCGCUUCUCCGACCAGAUGGACAUCCGGGACCGUACCGGUAUCCAAAUCCUUUCGCUGGGCUGAAGAACAAGGAGCUGAAUCAGGUUCAGAACGAUUGUCUUCAUUGGUGCUUACCCGGUCCGAUUGAUUCAUGGAAUGAUCUAAUGGUCGAGGUGAUGCUUAACCGGGAACGGCAAAGACGAGAAUAGCCUCUCGACUUCACGUGCUGUUGUUUUCUAAUUAGUUUGUUUGUUUGCUCGUAAAAAAGCCCAUUUAUUAUUGGACCUUCCGUGGGUCCAAAUACAAGCACUGUCGUUUUUUGAUGUGGGAAUGAAACGCCGUGUCGUUUUACUUCCUCAGCCAACGUUAACAUUCAGGAAAAAUGGGCCACGGAACCAAAUGUUUAAACAUUAAUAACGAUGCAAAAGUUUCCAAAACUUGUAAAUCGGCCAUCAUUCAGAUCUGCAUAACAAUGGCCUAUAAAAUUAUUGAGCCGCCUCUCAUGACGUAGGCCAUUUAGUUGUUACUAUCACAUUCAACACGUAUUGGUAUUUCAAUUUGGUGGUACCUACCAUUUCACAGUGAGCGUUACUUCCUCCUCUCCAUCUUCGGUAAUUGAAUGACACUUAUAGUUAUAGCUUAUUAUUCGUCUAUUUCUUCUGGCAAAAGUCAACUAUCAGUAUAC